AUGGCGGAAGGUGAGGAGCGUGCAGGCGCUUGUAGCCAAGUACGUAGGGAACGGCAUACGGCCCUCCGUACAAGCCGUCCGCGAUACUCGCUUUCCAGUUUUGAUCGACGCUCGAGCCUCUCGCCGCAGGAACUGAGCGAGAGCCUGGCGGAGAGUCGGGGUGCAUUUUGGAACCGGUCUACCACAACUCCCAACGAUGUAGAUGACUUGAGUACGCGCCGCAUGAUGGAGAAGCGGCGCAGAAUCGCGAUGGAGUGGUACGAUUCGGAGCGGAUCUAUGUUGAGGGUCUGGCCCUGCUCGAGACGCUUUACUAUAAUCCUCUGUAUAUCUCGAGCCAAACUGAUGACCCCAUCUUGCCUCGCCAUGCGCUGAGCCACAUUUUCUGCAACUUUGUAGACAUUGUGCAGCUCAGCCGCGAGCUCUUCUUCCGGCUCGAAGAGCGGCUUGGCCAUUCUGUGUACGACACUUUUACGACCUCUGCACCUUUUGCUGCGUGGGAUCCACGGAAAGAUACGCUGGGCGAUCUCUUGGUUCCCAUUGCACCCUUUUUCAAGAUGUAUACCUUGUUUACAAAAAAUUAUGCUGGCUCGGUACAGUAUAUCGAACAAGGCCGCAAGACGUACCCCCGAUUUGACACAUUUGUCCAGCGCGCCGAUGUGCGUGCAGGUGCACAGGGUGGACGCAAUGCCGAUCUAGGCUUCCAGUCCCAGUUGCUUACACUGGUCCAGCGCGUGCCUCGCUACCGACUCUUUUUACAAGCUCUCUUGCACAAUACGCCGCGCUGGCAUGCAGAUCAUGCGUUCCUGCAUACCGUAUCGCUUACUGUUGACAAGAUUGCAGCAGCCAUGGACGAUCAGGUCCACGAGCACGAUGCGAUGCUCGUCGCGCUCGGCCUGCAGCGGACGCUUCUGGGUAUGGACGAAAGGCUGAUUGUUCCGGGGCGGCGGCUGCUCAAGUGGGGCUCCUUACUGAAGACGGGGCGCAAAGAUAUCCAGCUGCGGCGUAUUUACUUGUUCUCAGACAUGGUCCUCCUUGCGAGCGAUCGCUCUACCGCCGACGUGCACGACAAGCGUGCAGAAACGUCUUUGCACGCCCCGGUCAAGCACCUCACCCAAAAACUCAGGCUGGCCGACUUUACGAUCGUGAGCGGUGAUGGGAAUACACAUGGGGCGCCGAGCAAGCCUGUCGUUGCCGAUGCAUUGUCGCACACACCCACGCUGCGCCACCGGCUCGAUGUGCACUCGCCGCAGUGCAGCUUUUCGCUUUACGCGCCAACACACGCCUCGAAAGAAGAAUGGAUCACUGCGAUCCGCGAGGCGCAAGCAGAGUGCAGCGCCGCUGUACGCUCUUUGCACACACCACACCAAGCCGAGUCCAUACUCGCCUCGCGUCCAUCCAGCACAAGCAGCAGCGCAUUUUCCACCACGAGCUCCGAGACGUGGCCGGCGGAAGUGUUGGACUGCCCGCUGCUGCCCGAGCAGUACUCUGCGCCCAUCUGGAUUCCAGAUAGCCUUGCACUCCACUGUACACGAUGCUGCGAUGCGUUUACCGUGUGGCGCCGCAAGCACCAUUGCCGCUUGUGUGGACAGGUAUUUUGCCAUGCGUGCUCCAACAUGCUGUUUCGAAUCGAUGCGGCGAAGCCAAUUUGUAUGCGUGCUUGCACUGCAUGCUUCACCUCGACAUUUGGCGAGCGUGUUCCCAUGAUGCUGCCCGCGCGCGCGCAGCCCUCUUCAGCGGCUGUACAACGCGCGGUGCAGCACAGACCGGGUGUGUCUAUGCCGAACCUUUUGGAUAUCACGAAUCAAGCUCCUUCUCCGGCAUCAACAAUGCCUCCACCUCUUACCCCUGUACGCCGUGGCGCACGCCGAAGCGUCAAGCUGAAACGUCCCUCGCACCAGCGGAGUUGGUCGAUUGUGAGCGUGCCGUCCGCGGAAGCACAGUUGCUUGGCCCCGUGCAAACGUCCACGUCCGGCUCACUCACACUGGGCUCUGUACCUGCAGCGCCAGCAUUCCGCAGCGAUAUGCCGCGCUCUGCUUCGGCCGCUGCCGUGCAGCUCCAGUCUGUGCUCCAUAGCGAACUAGCGUAG